AUGGUUGAGCUGUCCAAGAAACAGAUAGAGGAGCUGGCUAGAGCGCUUAUAGAAUAUAAACGGCCGUUCUUGUGGGUUAUAACGGAUAAACUCAACAGAGAAGCGAAAAUAGAAGGUGAAGACGAGACAGAGGUUGAGAAGAUAGCUUGUUUUAGACACGAACUUGAAGAGGUUGGGAUGAUUGUUUCUUGGUGUUCGCAGAUAGAGGUUUUAAGACACCGAGCUGCAGGUUGUUUUGUGACUCACUGUGGGUGGAGCUCGACGCUGGAGAGUUUGGUUCUUGGCGUUCCAGUUGUGGCGCUUCCGAUGUGGUCAGAUCAACCGACGAACGCUAAGCUUCUAGAAGAAAGUUGGAAGACAGGUGUGAGGGUGAGAGAAAACUCGGAAGGUUUGGUGGAGAGAGGGGAGAUAAGGCGGUGUUUGGAAGAAGUGAUGGAGAAGAGAGCUGAGAAGCUGAAGGAAAGCACAGAGAAAUGGAAACGUUUAGCGAUUGAAGCGGGUGGAGAAGGAGGAUCCUCGGAUAAGAACAUAAAGGCUUUUGUGGAGUCUCUCUGUUUUGAGGUUGUGUGA